AUGUUUUCGUGUAGAUUGGCCAGCAGCAGCCAAGCGCAGGCCCUACGCGACAACUACGACGUUUCAAGGGACCAGGAAGCCUUGGAGGGCUGUGGAUUCUACCCCAAGCUGAACUGCUCGAACGCGACGCGACUCCUUCGCGACGUCGAUACCUAUAUUUUUGAUGGGGAUGGGGUACUGUGGCUGGGGGAUGAACCGAUACCUGGAGCCCCUGAGUUUCUACAUAAUCUCUUUCUGCAGGGAAAACGCGUGAUCGUGCUCACCAACAACGCAACGAAAAGCCGGGCGGCGUUUGGCGACAAACUACGAAAUCUACAGUUUCCGGAGCAACUGACGGCAGAGGCACUGGUGAAUCCGGCUAUCGUCGUGACCGACGUGUUGGUCAGGGCCGGGCUGGCUCAUGCUAAGAACAAAAAGGUGUUCCUCAUCGGCGAGAAGGGCAUACGAGAUGAGCUAAAAGCGGCCGGAAUCGAGUAUUUUGGGAGUGGACCGGAAGUGAUGGCAGAUACGAGCGAUCAAGCAUAUUUAUUCCAAUUGGACCUGGCCGUACAGCGCGAACACGUCGCAGCCGUGGUCGUGGGCUAUGAAAAACACUUUAACUACCAAAAACUGAUGAAGGCGGCAAAUUAUUUGAAAAGACGCGAGACGCUAUUCGUGGCGACAAAUGAGGACGAGACGUGCCCAUGUCCAGAUCCGAAGCUUGUCGUACCCGAUGCGGGCCCCAUUGUCGCAGCAGUACGUUGCGCCUCGGGCCGUGAGCCGAUUACGGUGGGAAAACCGAACACUGCUUCAUUCAACUAUAUUUGCAGAAGGUGGAAAAUCGACCCGAGUCGCACGGUGAUGGUGGGCGAUCGGCUGAAUACGGAUAUCGUUUUCGGCAAGAAGCACGGGCUGAAAACGCUUCUUGUGUUAUCUGGAUGCCAUCAGCUCGAAGACGUGCGGCAAGUCGUUGAAGGGCAAAGCGGAAGUUCUGAGGUUCCGGACCUGUUCGCGACAAGUCUUGGCGCUUGCCUGCCUCGGGGCCAACCAGCUUGGCAUGCCCCGCCUGAAUGGAACGUCGAUCAGCCGAUU